AUGUCUACUUCCUCGACCCAAAACACCAACACCACGACUGGGGGUCGCCGGGCUGAGAUCAAGAAACUAAUCGACGACAUGAUGGUAGACCUGGACAUACCAUUUUGUCCAGAAAUCAAGUUCUUCCCUUACAAGUGCAUCGAAAAGAUUGCGACACCUGAAAACAUCAUGGCUUAUAUCCGCGAAGAACUCCCCUGGUCGGAUAAAGAACUACAGGAGUUCCAGAAUGAAGUUUACGAAAACGCAAAAUUGCUCUUCAUAGUUGUUGCGAAAAAUGGUUUUACAGCUCUCUUCCUCUAUCAAGCAGUGUGUGUCGAGACAGAGAGGAAAUCCAAGUACACGGACGAGAAGUUCACGGGCCAGAAUAGGGGUAAAAGAUUCUCGGCUUCUGACUAUUAUAACGUCAAAGGAGAUAUUCGGGACCAAGCUAUGAAGGAGUUGGACAUCCACUUUGUCGAAGACAUCCUCCGUGGUAACUUUCAUCAAGAGCUACCUCUCAAGUUCCUACCGAUCAUACGGCAUCAGCUGAUGCCCCUACCACGUCCGAGACCUAUGGGUGUACCGAGCAAGUAUGAGGUGGAGCUACACGGAGACUAUUGGGAGGAGGCUGGGGAUGGGCGGGAGUUCGUAAUGGUUCAACUGGACGCGCGGCCAGUUGAUACAGGCGACGCAAUUUUCGCUUCAGAUGCAGACUACUAA